AUGCUGAGCGAUGACUUCAAAAUAUCUCAGCUGGCAAUUCCUUCCGUCAGCUUCUUGAUCAGCUUUCUGGCUUAUACCUCCCAGUACUUCUUUCUCCAUUUCGAGUCCGCGCCCCUACGCAAAGAUGAAGUGUGGAAGACCAACAUAUUUGCUUUAUGCAUUUGGAUCUGCUACUUCCGCGCAUGUUUUGUAGACCCAGGGCAUCUUCCUGCAGAUAUGAAGUCGAGUACCUCUGGUCAUGCCGACAAAGACAUCACCAUAGGUCGGCAACGGUGGUGCCGUAGAUGCGAGGCUUAUAAACCCCCUCGCGCUCAUCACUGUAAGACAUGCAAGAGAUGCAUUCCGAAGAUGGAUCAUCAUUGUCCAUGGACUUCCAACUGUGUCUCGCAUUUCACUUUUCCCCACUUCAUUCGCUUCCUCUUCUAUGCGGUGGUUGGAAUGGGUUACCUCGAGACCCUUCUUUGGGAGCGUGGAGCUAUUGUUUGGAAGAGUAGGGAUCUCCCAAGUUACCUCGGGCCAUCCGUCGGACAGCUUAUUCAUCUAUUUCUCCUGUUCGUCGUGAACAGCAUGACAGUCUUUGCUCUGUUCAUUCUUCUCGUGCGAAGCCUUUGGUCUCUUCUCUUCAACACAACGACCAUAGAAUCUUGGGAAAUUGAAAGGCAUGAAACUCUGCUUCGACGCGCCCGUGUUCUGGGCGGCUAUCUAGAAGGACCUGGUGGGAAGAAAAUUCGAAUCGCAAAGCAAGAGUUCCCCUACGAUAUUGGGAUCUGGUCAAAUAUCAAAAAUGGCAUGGGCGGCAAUGCUAAUAUAAUUAGCUGGUUCUGGCCAUUGGCGGCCACGCCAGAUCGGAAGAGUGGGUGGGAAUUUGAAAUCAACGACUUUGAAGAUCCGGGUGUAUCGUGGCCUCCACCAGACCCCGAUCGCAUUCCUCUACCGGCCGGUCCCUUACCAGGCCAUGAUUCAGAGUUACUGAAGACCUACUCCUCUGCGCGGGAGGAGAUCGAGGCAUUCCAUCAUCGCCAAGCAGAAGACUUCAAGCGCACAAGACCAUUUUCUGAGAUUCAAAGACGCAAGCGAUUUCACGAGCGCUAUAAGCAGCAAGAUGACCGGAAUGAAGAUGACGAGCGCGGACCAAGGCCUGUAUAUGGUGAUGAAUCGGAUGAGGGCGAGGAGUCUUGGCGAAAUGCGGAGGGUGAACGCUUGCGAGAUUUUGGUGUUGACGAGGACGCUGAUUUCUACGAUGAGGAUGAUGUCCCUUUGGGGGUUCUCAUGAAGCAGCGCAACCAAGCCCAAUGA